CUAUAUGAUAUUAAUAUAUCACAGAAUUUUCUUAUUUUCUCCAUCUUCUCUGAAGCUCUGUACUUUUUGGUCUUCACCACACUCUUGGAGCUUACUUUCAAGAACUUGGCCUUGAUUGUUUCUCAGCUGUCAACUUUUGUGUGCUUUUACUGAUCAAGAUUGAAUAACUAUAUGGAGUUUUGGAUUACAUGGAUUGGAGAUACUGGUGAUUGAUGGGAUUGUAUGUAUUGGCAUAUAGUUCUGUCAAGGUAUUAGAUUAGGCCUGAAUUAGGGUGGUUGUUUUAAGUUUGUUUCUAGUCAUUGGGGGCGAGAAAUGGAAGGGAAUUUGCAAUCAGGAAAUAUGUUUUCGGGAAUGGGGGCUUAUGGAGGAGGAGGGGGACUUGACUUGCAGGGGUGUUUGGGAGUACACCAUCAUCAACAACCAUCUUCACUGCAACAACAUCAGCAGCAGCAGCAGCAACAGCAGCAGCAGUCUGAUUGCGGGCAAGGGGGCAUUCCUCAUCCAUCAAUCCAUGACAAUUUUCCCCACGCAACUGGAGGCAGGCAAGACUAUGAUCAGACAAUUUCAAUGGCUGAAUAUUCUAGGGGCAAGCAUUCCGCAAGUGAUGAGGAGCCCAGUUUUACAGAUGAUGCUGCUGACGGUCACAGUUAUGGGAGUAGAGGAAAUAAUGUCCCGCACUGGCAUCGUGUGAAAUGGACUGAUGUAAUGGUGAGGCUAAUGAUAACAGCUGUUUCGUACAUAGGCGAGGAAGUGGCUGCUGAGUCUGGUGGUGGGGCAAGAAGGAAAUAUGCCAAUUUGCAGAAAAAAGGUAAAUGGAAAUCAGUUUCGAAGGUCAUGGCUGAAAGGGGCCAUUUUGUUUCACCUCAACAGUGUGAGGAUAAGUUUAACGAUCUUAAUAAAAGGUACAAGAGACUGAAUGAGAUCCUUGGGCGGGGAACAACUUGUGAGGUUGUUGAGAAUAACUCACUCUUGGAGGUGUUGGAUCACAUACCAGAGAAACUGAAAGAGGAGGUUAGAAAGAUUCUUAGUUCAAAGCAUUUGUACUAUGAAGAGAUGUGUUCUUAUCAUAAUGGGAAUCGCCUGCAUCUGCCUCCAGAUCCUGAAUUGCAAUAUUCUUUGAGGUUGGCUCUUAGAAGUAAAGAUGAUCAUGAGACCAAUGAAGCAAGGAAGCACCCACACAAUGACAUUGAUAAUGAUGAUCAAGACAUUGAGAUGGAAGAGCAGGCUAAUUCUCUGGACAGGCAUGCAUCUCAAGGGGAGCGCAGGGAAACAUAUGGGAUCCCAGGGGCUUCUAUGAAGAGAGUAAAACAAUGUCAGGGUCAUGAAAGUAAUGCCUAUGGUAAUUCCCUCACUUCUUUAGAUUGUAACAAAGGUUUCAGCUCUCAGGCACAAAUUGCUCCUGUUGAUAUGAAUCAAGUAUUACCACAAGGUGUGAAUGCAAACUUGUCGCAAAAACAGUGUAUGGAACAUCACUCGAUGCAGAUUGAAAGACAGAAGCUACAGAUUCAGGCGCAGAUGUUAGAAUUGGAGAAAGAACGGUUCGAGUGGCAAAAAACUUGCAGGAAAAGAGACAGGGAGCUGGAGAUGAUGAAAAUGGAAAAUGAGAGGAUGAAGCUCGAGAAUGAGCACAUAGCACUAGAACUGAAGCGCAAGGAGAUGGGCGCAGACAACUGAUUGCUCAGUAAAAUUCAAAAUUUUCGACUAGUUUGUGAGGUUUUAGUUUUAUUAUGCUGACAUUUCAAGUUUCUCUGAUUACAGAACAUUGGUUCUGAGACCUUGUUGAGUUUAUAUCCGUACUUGUGUUGCACAUGAUAAAUCAUGGUUGAAUCUGGCUUGUGCUGCAGUGUUUGAUCCUAAAAUAUGAAUUUUUGAUGUGCAGUACUUGGCCCUCUUUUUCAUAGACUAGGUUCUGGUGUGACACUUGAGCAUGUUAUCCUAGACUAUGAUUUUUGUUUGACGGUGUUUAAUUUUGACUUGAUCCUUAUAAUUUCUUUUCUUUGUA